AUGCUUCUAAAUUAUUUACCACCUGAAAUAAAUUCAUUAAUUUUAUCAGAAUUAUCUUUUGAAGAUCUUUUAAAUCUAAAGGAAGCUUGUCAAUCAACAACAUCAAUUAUCUGUCAUACUGUAUCAAAAUUUUAUAGGCUUCAAAUUGCUGAUGACCCUUUUGAUUGCCUAUUAGAAAGUAUUGAUGGAAAGAAAGUAACUUAUAAUAUUGAGAAUGUCAAGAUUGUGUUAGAUUAUUGUCCAAAUAUAAAUUCAAUUAUAAUUGCUGCUAGAGGUGUUGACAAAGAAACAUCUGGAAAUGAAAAAUUUAGUAAUAUAUUUCAUGAUGGUUUAUAUAAUGAAAAUGGAUAUUUAGGAACAUUUUUUGAUAUUGCUCCAUAUCAUUAUUUACAUUCUAAUCAAUUAAAAACAGUAGCAUUACAUGUUGAUUUAAUGAUUGAUAAGAUGUUUGAAUCAAGAAUAAUUUAUCCAACAAAUGAUCUCAAAUAUGCUAGUAAUGUAUUAUUUGAUAAAAAUUUUGAUGUAUUUAUACAGAUAGGUUUUUGUGCUGUAUCAAAACAUCCAUAUGAUGUACUUCCAAGAACAUUUAUUGGAAUGAAUAUGUAUGAUACAUUUGUUUAUUUUAAAGAUAGAGAUUAUAAUUGUAGUAUUGAUAUAACAUCACAGACAGAAUAUAUGGAUUUAACAUUAGAAAAAAAAAAUCUUGAAUAUUCAUUUGCAUUAUUUUAUUAUGAUGAAAAUUUAUGCCUAAUAUCUGAUGAUAAUGAUGAUAGUAUGGAUGAAAUUAAGUAUAAUGAAAUUAUAGAAGAGGAAGAAUAUUUUGAUAAUAAUUCAUAUGAAAUAAAUUCUUCUGAUCAUUUAUAUUAUUUAAGUAGAGAUACACUUCAAUUACCACCACUUCCACCUAAUAACGUAAAUAAUAGUUUAUUGUUACAAAAAAUGCCAGUAUCUGAUGAUAAUCUUCUAAUGCCACUUGAAAUAUUCCAAAAUCCACUUCUAUCAACAGGUCAAGAUACAAUAGAAUAA